AAAGUAACAGCAUGCAGAGAUGCAGUGUUCAUUAAUGCGAACUGCAUGUGGUAACCGCGAGCUGGUAGCGCGGUCCAUCCUUGAACCUUCAGGCGGCUCUGGCCAAGUGUCAGCAUCUUCUGCCGCUGCCUCAGAGGACGACGACGACGAAGUUGGCCACGCUGCCGACAUGAUGGUCUAUUCCGACCCCCAGUGGACUUGUCCUACAUCCACUAUGCUCCAACUAUACGACGACAUAGGCUACCGCGUAAAUGUUGUUGAGGCUCUUCAAGAGUUUUGGCAAAUGAAGCAGGCUCGUGGGGCUGACUUAAGAAAUGGUGCUCUUGUUAUAUAUGAAUCUGUGCCUUCUAGUUCGCAACCUUAUGUUUGUUAUGUGACCUUACCAGGAGGGUCAUGUUUUGGAAGCUUUCAGAAUUGUCCAACGAAAGCAGAGGCUCGUCGAAGUGCAGCUAAAAUAGCUUUAAUGAACUCAGUUUUUAAUGAACAUCCGUCCAGACGAAUAUCUGACGAUUUCAUAGAAAAGGCCGUUGCUGAAGCGCGAGCUUCGUUCAAGGGAGAACCAGAAGAAGCGGAUAACCCGAACACUGGCAUAGGAGCUUUUCGAUUUAUGUUGGAAUCGAAUAAAGGCCGCACUAUGUUAGAGUUCCAGGAGUUAAUGACAGUGUUUCAAUUGCUCCAUUGGAAUGGUAGUUUGAAAGCGAUGAGGGAACGCCAGUGUAGUCGUCAAGAAGUUGUUGCUCAUUAUUCGAAUCGAACACUUGAUGAUGAUAUGAGAUCUCAAAUGGCACUCGACUGGAUAGCUAGGGAGCAAGAGUGCAAAGGGGCCCUUAGAAGAGAACUAAACCAGGCCGAGAGAGAAUUAGAAUCUGCACGAUUAGCUGGACGUGAAUUACGUUUCCCCAAAGAGAAGAAAGACAUCCUGGUCCUGGCGCACAGCCAAGUCAAUAUGAACUAAUCAGUUUGUGCCUUUCUAUCGUGAUAAUGCGCCAAAUGUUUGAUGCACCAGGCCAGUUCAAAAUUGCUGAUCUGUUGAGACUGAUUUUUUUUUUGGGAUUUUCCCGGUGACUUUAACACUUUUUACAAAUCUAUUCUCCAAAUAUAAAUUCAUU